GCAUGCGUCAACUUGCCAGUUCUGCCCGAGUGACGUCAGAAGCAGCAUGGCGGCCAAGGUUCAGUCAACCAAAAGGGCCGACCCCAACGAGCUCAAAGGCAUCUUUCAAAAGUAUGCCAGCGUUGUGGAUAAGGAAGGCGAGCGUUUUAUGACCCCCAGUGACUUUGUGCAGAAGUUUUUGGGCCUCCACGCACAAGUCCAUCACAACCCCAAAACUGUGCAGCUGCUCGCCGGAGUGGCAGAUACCACCAAGGACGGGCUGAUUUCAUUUCAGGAGUUUCUGGCCUUUGAGUCUAUACUCUGUGUCCCAGAUGCUCUGUUCAUCGUUGCCUUCCAGCUGUUCGAUAAAACUGGGACCGGAGACAUCUCCUUCGAAAAUGUGCGUGAUAUAUUUAGCCAGACGACGGUGCAUCACCACAUCCCCUUCAACUGGGACUGUGAGUUCAUCCGCCUUCACUUCGGCCACGACCGAACCAAACACCUCAACUACCUGGAGUUCACCCAGUUCCUGCAGGAGCUGCAGUUGGAGCACGCACGGCAGGCGUUCGCACAGAAAGACAAAGCCAAAACCGGGAUGAUCUCCGCUCUGGACUUCAGUGACAUCAUGUCCACCAUCAGACACCACAUGCUGACCACUUUUGUUGAGGAGAAUCUGGUCUCAGCAGCAGGCAGCGGUACCUCUCACAUGGUCAGCUUCUCCUACUUCAACGCCUUCAACUCGCUUCUGAACAACAUGGAGCUCAUACGGAAAAUCUACAGCACGCUCGCCGGCAGCCGCAAAGACACGCUCGUCACUAAAGAGGAGUUUGUCCACGCUGCAAACAAGUUUGGUCAGAUCACUCCUAUGGAGAUCGAUAUCCUGUAUCAGCUCGCCGGUCUCCACUCUCAAACUGGGCGUCUAAACCUGUUUGAUAUCGAGCGGAUAGCUCCCCUGGAGGAGGGCGCGCUGCCUUAUCACCUCGCCGAGGCUCAGAGACAGAUGCACGGCGACAAGUCUCGUCCUGUGUGGCUCCAAGCUGCUGAAUCAGCAUAUCGCUUCACCCUAGGCUCCAUUGCUGGAGCAACGGGCGCGACGGCGGUGUACCCUAUCGACCUGGUGAAGACGCGAAUGCAGAACCAGCGCUCUACGGGCUCCUUCGUAGGAGAGUUGAUGUACAAGAACAGCUUUGACUGUGCCAAGAAAGUCCUGCGUUACGAAGGCUUUUUUGGUUUCUACAGAGGUCUCCUUCCCCAGCUCAUCGGUGUGGCUCCUGAGAAAGCUAUCAAACUCACUGUCAACGACUUUGUGAGGGACAAAUUUUCUGAAAAAGAUGGUUCCAUUCCUCUGGCUGCUGAGAUUCUGGCUGGUGGAUGUGCUGGUGGGUCUCAGGUGAUAUUCACCAAUCCCCUUGAGAUCGUCAAAAUCCGUCUCCAGGUUGCAGGUGAGAUCACCACAGGCCCCAGAGUGAGUGCCCUCAGUGUGAUGCGGGACCUCGGCUUCUUUGGUCUUUACAAGGGAGCAAAGGCUUGUUUCCUGCGUGAUAUUCCCUUUUCCGCAAUUUACUUCCCUGUGUACGCUCACACUAAAGCAUCAUUUGCUGAUGAGGAAGGAAGAGUCGGUGCACUGCAGCUGCUCACUGCCGGAGCCAUCGCUGGAGUCCCAGCUGCCUCACUAGUCACCCCGGCUGAUGUCAUCAAAACGCGACUGCAGGUGGCAGCCCGUGCGGGUCAGACCACCUACAACGGCGUUAUCGACUGCUUCCAUAAGAUCAUGAGAGAGGAGGGCUUCAGAGCUUUCUGGAAAGGAGCAGGAGCUCGUGUUUUCCGUUCAUCGCCGCAGUUCGCUGUGACCCUUUUGACCUACGAGUUACUGCAGAGAUGGUUCUAUGUCGAUUUCGGCGGACACCGUCCAUCUGGUUCGGAGCCGACACCAAAGUCCCGUAUCUCCGAGCUCCCCCCUGUAAAUGCAGAGCACGUCGGAGGGUACCGGCUCGCCGCCGCUACGUUCGCCGGCGUCGAGAGCAAAUUCGGACUCCACUUGCCCAAAUUCAAAUCGUCCGGCGUGGUCAGCAUCCAACCCGCUAAAGCGGCAGCUCCUUAAACGAGCCACGCCCACGACGGUCCUGUUCUCCAGAGGCUGUGUGUACGUGUUGAUCACCAGCCUGCUUUGCUUCGGUUUUUAGUUUCAGUUUGUUGUUGUCGUCAUUGUGGUGGGGGGGAGACGGUGGGUUUAUUUACCGCUAGGAGUUCAUCAGUGCCUCCUCUGUUUCGACUGAAUGUUUCAGUUCAUGCGUUGAAAUGAGCUGCUUGAGCCUUUUGUUUUACUCUGACUCUAACUCGGGUGAUGUGGGACAGCAGUGGUUGCCUGAUCCUCUUUAAUUCCUAAUCACAUCUUAAUAUGACUGCUGCGUGUGUAUGUAUAUACAUGUGUUACUGGGUGCUUGGGGAUGAUUGAGAGAUUUGGCAACCAUUCGUUUUCAGAAAUCUGGCAACCCUUUUGAUCAGACGAACAUAUUACAAAUUAUGAAAGGAACCUUACUGAGCAUGAAAAUUAUGCUUCUUUAAAAAAAAAAAACACUUUAGAAAAGAGAGAAAAAUAAAAUGAAAUCCAGCUGUGUUACAUUCCAUACCUGAAACUGUUACUGUAAAUAUUCCACCUCUUACUAAGUAUGAGACCAAUAGAGCACUGAGUAGGCUGUUACUGAAUGAUGAAGACUGUUUUAUAAGUACAGAAAAAUGUUCAUAAAGGGUACCUGAGGAUGUAUGUUUGUUUUCCUUACCUAAGUUUGAACGAAAGUUCUCACGUCGUUGUGUGAGCACACAAACAGUUACUCAUUCAAUUUGUUUUUAGGGCACAAAUAACACAAACACAGCAAUGAUUAAGAUCAGAAAAUUAACACAAAUACUAAUUAUAUCUAAUAAUUUGGGUUGAUGGUGAUACCACAUAAUUUAAAAAAUGCCUGUAAUGUUCCCUUAGAUCAGAUCAUGCAAAUAUCCUGUAAUUGAUUCAGAUAAGGGUUUUGAAAGGCAGCUAUCAUUGACACACUCCUUCUGAUGAGCUUUAAUGCCAUCACCAUUGCCAUUGCUUUUUUUGUUUGUUUGUUUGUUUGUUUUUUUAAUAAACCUGUUAUCAUUUCAACACUUCUAGGGAGGAAAGGAAAAAAACAUAAAACAUAAUUCCACAAUCACGCACACAACCUGUUUUAUUUCUGAAUAAUCUUCUCGUCCUGUCCCACUUGACCUGAGUUCUCUGUGCUUGUGUGUGUGUAUAUGCUGCAUCUAAUUCUUUCUCUCCUCAUUAUUAUUAUUGUUAUUAUAAUUUUGCUGGUGUUUAGGCAUCUCUUCCUCCUGUUGUGGUAUCAAAGCAUGUUCUCUGUAGAGCCCCGCCUCCCCCUCUUCCUCCUCCUCCCUCUCUUCCUCGUCCCCAUAAUGCUUUGCGUAGCUUGCACAAGCCUUGUACAUAGUUGUACAUCUCUUUUGCACAGAGGAGCGCGGUGCAGUCGUCUUCAUCACGGCCUCACACUGAUGCGUGUACAGAGGUUACCAGAGUCCGCUCACUGAUCAAAAUCAGACCAGAGGCAGAAAAAGAAAAUGAAAAAUUAAAUAAAAAUAUGAGAUGAUAUAAUUGACCUGAUAAUGUUUAGGGGAUAAUUUAAAUGCAUUUCAUUCUUGUAUUGUAUUUUAUGGAAAUAAAUCAUACACAGUUAAAAUUUUAAA